AUGGAUCUGGGAGCCCUGGGAAAUGAUUCCCUCGUGACUGAGUUUGUGCUGCUGGGCCUGACAGAGACCCCAGUCCUGCAGCCCAUUCUCUUUGUCAUCUUCCUUCUUGCUUACAUAGCGACUGUUGGUGGGAAUUUCAGCAUCCUGGCUGCCAUCCUUGCAGAACCCAAACUCCACACCCCCAUGUACUUCUUCCUGGGGAACGUGUCCCUGCUGGAUGUUGGGUGCAUCAGCAUCACUGUCCCUGCCAUGUUGAGGCAUUUCAUGCGCAAGGACAGAAGCAUUCCCUACAGGGCCUGCAUCUCACAGCUCUUCUUCUUCCACCUGCUGGCUGGAACGGACUGCUUCCUGCUGACGGUCAUGGCAUACGAUCGCUAUCUGGCCAUCUGCCAGCCCCUCACCUAUACCACCCGCAUGGGCUGGGGAAUCCAGCAAGCCCUAGUGGGCAUGUCAUACUUAUUUUCCUUCUCCAAUGCAUUGACCCAAACUGUUGCACUGUCUACUCUUAAGUUCUGUGGUCCCAAUGUGAUCAACCACUUCUACUGUGACCUCCCACAGCUCUUCCAGCUCUCUUGCUCCAGCACCCAACUCAACGAGCAGUUGUUAUUUGUAGCUGCAGCCUUCAUGGGUGUGGCUCCCUUGGUCCUCAUCGCUGUGUCCUAUGCUCAUGUGGUAGCUGCCGUGCUACGAAUCCGCUCUGCUGAGGGCAGGAAGAAGGCCUUCUCCACGUGUGGCUCCCACCUCACCGUGGUGGGCAUCUUCUAUGGAACAGGCGUCUUCAACUACAUGAGACUGGGCUCAGUGGAGGCUUCAGACAAGGACAAGGGGAUUGGCAUCCUCAACACUGUCAUCAGUCCCAUGCUGAACCCGCUCAUCUACAGCCUUAGGAACCCUGAUGUGCAGGGAGCCCUGCGGAGGGUGCUCUUGUGGAGGUAG